UCGUCAUAUAAUUAUGAUAUCAGCUUCUAAAGAGACUUUUAUUUUCUUUCUUUUUCUUUUCUUUUCUCCAAAUGGUGAUAAACACCCUCCCUCACUCAACAAAGAAUCAUUGAAUUCACACCAACAAAUCUGAUAUAUUCACACCAUAACCAACCGUCUCGUCAAUGGGUUCAGUUUCUUCCCAUUUAUGAAGCUGAAGCACUGCACAGUUCAUUCGCAUAUCUUUCCCUGUAAACACUUCACUGCAUGUUGCGCUGUCUCUGCCUCUUUUGAAGGGGGAAAAAGCCCUCUUGAAAACUAAGUCUCUACACAAAAAGUUCUGCCACAGAACCAAAGCAUCACAGCUUUUCCGCAACUUUGAGUCCAGACAAAGCCAAUAGUUUGCUUCUUGCAUCGGUUGUUUCUUUAUCUAUCCUUCUUUUUGUUGGCUUUCGGGGAUCCUCACAUCCAGACAAACUGGUUCACAUUCUCUUGUUUACAGUCCACAAUCUUCAUUUUAUCAUAGUGGCUUUGAUUUUUCUGAAAAAAAGUAGUAUUAGUUUUAUAAGUCCGUGCUGUGUACUUUUACUCUUUCAACUACCGCGUCCUUUUGCAUGUGUUUUGUCCUUCUAUGCUAUAUUGUGCGGUAAAAAAGUUGUUUCCCUGGCUGAGAUUUUUCUUACUGUAAAAUCCAUGCUUGAUGAUAUGUUUUGAAGUUCUGAGGGAGCAUUUUCCUCUGUUGGCUUGCAUCUCUUGCAAGUAGCCGACAUCACUCCUUGAUGGGGUUGGGAGUGUUUGGUUCUGUUCUGGUUUUGGUACUUUUGUUCAAGCAUUUGGAAUCUCAGCAACCAAAUACUGAUGAGUUUUUUGUAUCUGCGUUCUUGAAGCAUACGAGUUUAGCAUCCUCACAAGCCUACAAUUUCUCUGCUUCUGUCUGUUCAUGGCAAGGGGUUUCUUGUGAUGCCAAUAGAGAACAUGUUGUUGGCUUAGUCUUUUCUGGUAUGAACCUCUCUGGCACUGUACCUGAUAACACCAUAGGCAAGCUAGGCAAACUUCAAACUCUAGAUCUUAGCCACAACAAUAUCACUGGCUUGCCUUCAGAUUUUUGGAGCUUAAGCUCCCUCAAGAACCUUAAUCUCUCCUCGAAUCAUAUUUCUGGUUCACUGACUAGCAACAUUGGCAACUUUGGUUUGCUAGAAAGCAUUGACUUGUCCAGCAACAAUUUCUCUGAGGAAAUUCCUGAAACUGUUUGCUCACUGCUGAGUCUAAGGGUCCUCAAACUCAACCACAACAGGUUUGCACACAACAUACCUUAUGGGAUUCUCAAGUGCCAGUCUCUAGUUUCAAUUGAUCUUUCAUCAAAUCAGCUCAAUGGAAGACUUCCAGAUGGUUUUGGUGCUUCUUUUCCCAAGCUUAGGAUAUUGAACCUUGCUGGGAAUAAUUUUAAUGGUCGUGUUUCAGAUAUUUCUGGGUUAAAGUCCAUUGCUAAUCUCAACAUAUCAGGGAAUUCGUUUCAGGGUUCCAUUGUGGACAUGUUUCAGGGAAGGUUGGAGGUUCUGGACAUUAGCAGAAACCAAUUUCAAGGCCACAUUCCACAGGUACUAUACAACUUUAGUGGUUACAACUGGUCUCAUUUAGUUUACCUAGAUUUGUCAGAGAAUAAGCUUAGUGGGGAGUUUUUUCAAAAUUUGAACGAGUCCUUGAAUUUGAAACACAUUAAUCUUGCACACAAUAGAUUUACCAUACAGAAAUUUCCCCAAACUGAAAUGCUCCUGAAUUUGGAAUAUCUGAAUUUGUCCAAAACCAGCCUUGUCGGUGAAAUUCCUGGUAAAAUCUCACAAUUAAGCAAUUUGAGUGCACUUGAUCUUUCUUUGAAUCAUCUGAGUGGGAAAAUUCCCUCACUGAGGAAUGAACACCUCCGAGUCUUAGACCUCUCAAACAACAAUUUAACAGGAGCAGUCCCUCAAUCUGUCUUGGAGAAACUCCCUGGGAUGGAGAAAUACAACUUCUCUUAUAAUAACCUAACACUUUGUGCUUCUGAAAUCAAACCCGAGAUUCUGCAAACAGCAUUCUUUGGAUCAUUGAACAGUUGUCCAAUUGCUGCGAAUCCACGACUCUUCAAAAGAAGAGACAAUGGACACACGGGAAUGAAGCUGGCCCUGGCACUGACCUUCUCAAUGAUCUUUGUGCUGGCUGGGCUUUUGUUUCUAGCAUUUGGUUGCAGAAGGAAAACAAAAAUGUGGGAAUUCAAGCAGUCUUCAUACAAAGAAGAACAAAACAUUUCAGGUCCCUUUUCAUUCCAGACUGAUUCAACAACUUGGGUGGCUGAUGUUAAACAAGCAACAUCAGUCCCAGUAGUAAUCUUUGAGAAGCCAUUGUUGAACAUCACAUUUGCAGACCUCUUGGCUGCAACUUCCAACUUUGACAGAGGCACCCUUUUGGCUGAGGGAAAAUUUGGACCAGUCUAUAGAGGAUUUCUGCCUGGUGGUAUUCACGUGGCAGUUAAAGUUUUGGUUGUUGGUUCUACAUUAACAGAUGAGGAGGCUGCAAGAGAGCUAGAGUUUCUUGGUAGAAUCAAGCACCCCAAUCUUGUUCCUUUAACCGGAUAUUGUGUGGCUGGGGACCAAAGAAUUGCCAUAUACGAUUACAUGGAGAAUGGUAACUUGCAAAACCUGCUUUACGACCUGCCACUUGGGGUACAAAGCACAGAUGACUGGAGCACAGACACAUGGGAAGAAACAGACAACAAUGGAAUUCAAAAUGCUGGCUCUGAAGGGUUACUGACAUCUUGGAGAUUUCGCCACAAGAUAGCCCUUGGCACCGCUCGAGCGUUGGCAUUUCUGCAUCACGGUUGCUCUCCUCCAAUAAUUCACAGAGCAGUUAAGGCUAGCAGUGUUUAUUUGGAUUAUGACUUGGAGCCGAGGUUGUCUGAUUUUGGACUGGCCAAGAUUUUCGGAAGUGGCUUGGAUGAUGAAAUUGCGCGUGGCUCACCUGGUUAUGUUCCACCGGAGUUUUCUCAACCAGAAUAUGACACCCCAACUCCAAAAUCUGAUGUGUACUGUUUUGGGGUGGUGCUGUUUGAGCUAGUAACUGGAAAAAAGCCAGUUGGAGAUGACUACCCUGAUGAUAAAGAUGCAACUUUGGUGAGUUGGGUGAGAGGACUUGUGAAAAAGAACCAAUCUUCAAAUGCUAUUGAUCCAAAAAUUCGUGACACAGGACCGGAUGAACAAAUGGAAGAGGCCCUUAAGAUUGCUUAUCUUUGCACUGCUGACCGUCCCUUCAAACGACCAAGCAUGCAACAGAUAGUUGGACUUCUGAAGGAUAUUGAACCUACUGCUGAUUAGUAUUAGCAUUAUGAGAAUGAGUUAGGUCUUUUUCUUUCAUUGCAUUUUCUUCCAUUUUUACUCUUUUAUUUUUCUUGUGAGCUUCUCAGCUUCCUAGGAGAAAAUGUAAAGCAGUUAUGAGUUCUUCAAUGUUGAUCUCUUUUCAUUUUCCCCC